CAGAAGAAGGGAAGGGGAGGGGGUGAAGAGGAGGGGGCGGGGCUGUUGAUACACCUGGAGGCGGAGCCUGUGGAGAAUCCCCUGCCCGAGAAAGCAGCUCAGGUGUUUAGUCCAACAGUGACCGUCCUGCAGUCCCCAUCCUUACCCAGAGACAGUGAGGCACUCUGGGAAAUGGAGUCAGAGAAGAGUCCCUUCCUGGGUCCCCGAGGAGUCCCCCAGGACUACAACCAACAUGGCUACCAGUACGAGUGGACCAAGGACACGACUCCUGCUUUAUGUGGGCGGUGCUGUCCCAGCAGGGAUGUCCUGAAGAUGGGCGUGUCCCUGAUGACGUCAGCACUCAUCUUCCCCUUCCUGGUGUGGGGGGGGUUUGUCUUCCUGCCAUUUGAUGCCCCCCUGCUGGAUGGCGCCCCCCUUAGACUCGUCUACACUCUACGCUGCUCCGUGUUCGCCGCUGCGCCCAUCGUCCUGGGUUGGCUGGUUCUGGGGGUCAGUCGGCUCAGGUCAGGUGUGAUGCGGCCCCUGUUUGAUGAGGAUGUGAAAGGGGCGGAGCUUCAUGAGGUCAGCGUCCACCGCAACUUUGUCUCUGACUCCGCCUCCCUGUUCCUGAUCUACUUCCUGCAGCUGGUCGUCAUGGCGAUGUACCUGAGCCAGGAGCAGUUGAAGCUCGUCCCUCUGCUGACCGUCGUCUUCGCGUUUGGACGGCUGGUUUACUGGGUGGCGGCGGCGUUCGGCAGCUCCAUCCGCGGUUUCGGUUUCGGACUCUGCUUCCUGCCGAGUCUUGCCAUGAUGGCCGCCAACAUGUACUUCAUCUUCACGGUGGAGGCGGCGGGUUCCAUCUUCAACCUGCAGCCUCCGCCUGAGGAGGCGCCAGCACCGACUCCACCCGCUGGCAGACAGAGGUUCUGGGGAUGAGAGCUGAUCAA